AUUUCUCCGCGGCUCCGCGGACUCGCCAGUGCGCACUAGUCCUUCGUCGAGGUAGGAUCUGCUCUCACUGUCUGAGCCGAACCGAACCGGGCCAAGCUGAGCCGAGAUCAGCCGCGGCCAGAGGUACCAACCCAGCAUCUCCGGCAUCUUUCGCCUCCGUGUGCGCAUCGCGUACCUACACCGCAACUCCGUGCGCCCGGGUACCCUCCGUGGUAUCGCUCCUGCAGCCAAGCCACCAUGCCUAUCACUCGGAUGCGAAUGAGGCCCUGGCUAGAGAUGCAGAUUAAUUCCAACCAAAUUCCAGGGCUGAUCUGGAUUAAUAAAGAAGAGAUGAUCUUCCAGAUCCCGUGGAAGCACGCUGCCAAACACGGCUGGGACAUCAACAAGGACGCCUGUCUAUUCCGGAGCUGGGCCAUUCACACAGGCCGAUACAAAGCAGGGGAGAAAGAGCCAGAUCCCAAGACCUGGAAGGCAAACUUCCGUUGUGCCAUGAACUCUCUACCAGACAUCGAGGAGGUGAAGGAUCAGAGCAGGAACAAGGGCAGCUCUGCCGUACGGGUGUACCGGAUGCUGCCACCCCUCACCAAGAACCAGAGGAAAGAGAGAAAGUCUAAGUCCAGCCGAGACGCUAAGGGCAAAACCAAGAGGAAGCUGUGUGGAGAUUCCAGCCCUGACACCUUCUCUGAUGGACUCAGCAGCUCCACUCUGCCUGAUGACCACAGCAGUUACACAACUCAGGCCUACCUGGGUCAGGACUUGGACAUGGAAAGGGACAUUACUCCAGCGCUGUCACCGUGUGUCGUCAGCAGCACUCUGUCCGAGUGGCAUAUGCAGAUGGACAUCGUACCAGACAGUACCACUGAUCUGUAUAACUUGCAGGUGUCACCCAUGCCUUCCACCUCCGAAGCUGCAACGGACGAAGAUGAGGAAGGGAAGUUACCUGAGGACAUCAUGAAGCUCUUUGAACAGUCCGAGUGGCAGCCAACACACGUGGAUGGCAAGGGCUACUUGCUUAAUGAACCAGGAACCCAGCUCUCUACUGUCUAUGGAGACUUCAGCUGCAAGGAGGAACCAGAGAUUGACAGCCCUGGAGGCCUACAUCGUGUCUUCACGGAGAUGAAGAACAUGGAAUCCAUUAUGUGGAUGGACAGCCUGCUGGGCACCUCUAUGAGGCCAUCUCCUCCCUCCAUUCAGGCCAUCCCUUGUGCGCCAUAGUUUGGGUCUCUGGCCCGUUCUUAUGCUCCUGAGUGAGCUAGGCCUGGCAUCAUGGUGACUGUGAUACCAAAAAAGCUAGACUUCAGUGGGCCUUGAUGUGGCAAAACAUAUUCCCACUGCCAAGUAGGGAAGGGACAACCAUUCUCCUUGGCCAGCGGACUCUCGGAGCUCAGGAGGCAGGGUCUGAGCUUUUCUUGUGAGAUGAAGCUGGCCCUGACUCCUAGGAAGAUGGAUUGAGGUUCUGAGGUUACUGUGAGGCAGAGGACAUGGACAGGAGUCAUCUUCUAGCUUUCUUUUUAAAGCCUUGUUGCUUAGAGAGGGUCUUACCACUGGGCUGGCCCUGGAGCUGGCGCUGCACUGGGAGACAAUUGCACUAACUGAGUCCUAUUCCCAAAGAAUUGUUGCCCUUCCCAACCGAGCCCUGGGAUGGUUCCAAAGCCAGUGAAAUGUGAAGGAAAAAAAUGGGGUCCUGUGAGGACCUCAGAGGGAUUCUGCCUCACUACCUGCUCUAGCCGUGGGGCUUAGGGGAAAAAAAUGGCACUUUCUCUGUGGACUUUGCCACAUUUCUGAUCAGAGGUGUACACUAACAUUUGCCCCCAGUCUUGGCCUUCACAUUUAUUUAUGUAGUGCCUUGCCUGGUGCCUGCCGUCUCCUCAGGCCUCGGCAGUCCUCAGCAGGCCCAGGGAGGGGGUGGGGGGGGUGGUGAGCGCCUUGGCGUGACUCCGAUGUUGGAAACGCCACCUAACUGCUAAAUUGUGUUUGAUCACAUGUGUAAAUAUGUAUAUUUGUCUUUUUAUAAAAAGUUAAGUUGUUUACAAGGUA